UUCAACUCCAACAUCGUCAAAAACACAAAGCGAGUCAUCAUGUUCAGCUUACUCUCGGUAUUGGAGUAUGGGUAGUGGUGGCGAACAACACUCUGCAGCAGAGAAGUCGACUUCUGAUGGAGGCUCGCUUCCUCUCCAUCACGAUCUGUCUAGUCAUCUCGACCUUUCAGAUGCAACAGCAGAAAUGAUAGAGAAGAGGAUUUUUCCCCCGCUAAAUCAAGUAGCGGUGGGUAGCUCUGCAGCACCACAACCAGCAGCUGGUCAACAUGAAGCUGUUGUAGAAUAUGAAGUUCCCUUCAACCCAGAAGAUGCGCUAGACCCUGCUUUGAUUGCGGGACUUGAGUAUUUACAGGAUAGGAAUCUAGACGAGAUACAACAGAGCCGACAAGGAGAUGUAGAAGCACAGGCUUCUAAGAUCUCAAGACAAGACGUCAUGGAUUUCAUGCACUUGUUGAGACCCACACGCUUCAAGAACUUUGAACACGAGAUGUCAAAUUUUACGUGGUUGCUGUGAUUCUUUCGGGUUGCAUAUUAACAGUGCAAUUUAUCUAACAGUACCACAAUGAGUCCUCAAU